CACCGUUCUGUUCGAUCUUGUGUCAGGCGUAGAAUUGACCGUGUUAGUUGCGCGUUGUUAUGUGCCCGCGGUAUGGUUGAGGAUGUGUCGGACGGCCCGGUGAGGUAUUGUGACGAGGUGUUGGACGUGGAAGGUUGGCGGGCCUCAAAAAUGGUGGCGGAAAAGAGUCGCGCGACGGAUUUCUCCAUAGCGGCCAUCAUGGCUCGCAGCGCUGAGCAGCCGGCCCUGCGCGGUUCUCUUGCCGUCGCACGAUCGCCUACUUUCAUAGAUCAAGUUUCCCGACAAAGUUCACCAGCGUCUAUAAGUUCUGGUGCAUCUUGUCGGUCACCAGUGCCUGAUGAGGAUGUGGAGGUGGAUGUGGAGCAGUGUUCGGAUGGGGAACGAGACGCCUCCGACGCUAUACCCUCACCUGCACCAUCUUCAGAAUUAGGCGAAAGAGACACCCCCUCACCAGCGCGACCCCUGGCGCCACCCGCAACUUCAUGUAACUGUGAGGAACUGCUCUCUGUGGACUGUCAAUUGGAAACUAAGGAUCUGUGGGACAAGUUCCACGACUUGGGAACUGAAAUGAUUAUUACUAAGACUGGCAGACGCAUGUUCCCGACGGUUCGCGUCUCAUUCGCGGGAUGCCGCGCAGAGGCGCGUUACGGCGUUCUACUAGACGUGGUGCCCGUGGAUGGCAAACGCUACCGCUACGCCUACCACCGCUCGUCAUGGCUGGUGGCGGGCAAAGCGGAUCCCCCCGCGCCCGCGCGUCUCUACCCGCACCCUGACUCUCCCUUCUCGGGCGACCAGCUGCGCAAGCAGGUCGUUUCCUUCGAGAAGGUCAAGCUCACCAACAACGAAAUGGACAAAAACGGACAGAUCGUGUUAAACUCAAUGCAUCGAUACCAGCCCCGAAUCCACUUGGUGAAGAUCAGGGAGGGAGGUGGGCCCAUCACAGAUCUUUCAAGAGAGCAGCAUAGAACCUUCGUCUUCCCCGAAACUGUGUUCACAGCAGUGACGGCGUACCAGAACCAGCUGAUAACGAAACUUAAAAUUGACUCCAAUCCUUUUGCUAAAGGCUUCCGAGAUUCGUCGAGAUUGACAGAUUUUGAUAGAGACCCGAUGGAACUGAUGUUAAUGGAGCAGCAAUUACUCCGGUCACCACUACGCCUCUACGCUGGAUCUGGCGACGAAGAGGCAGAGAAGCGAGCUGCCUGGGCUCGAACACCACCAGCAUUACAGCUCCUUGCCCUUGGACGACCUUGGCCCUGGCCACAGCCGUUGAACCUUCCUCCAGAUCUGUGGCUGCAGAAGCCGACGCCGCCCCUUCGAUAUUGCCCUUACCCGCCCCCGCAGAGACCAGAUCACAGCCCUUCUCCAAGACAUCCCUUGUAAGCUGAUUGUACGGCUGGACGGAUUGAUAUUGUUAAUUAAAAAUUAUUUAUAAUUGACACAUAAAUCUGGCGUUUUGCAUAUGAAAUAACCUGGUAAAAUUAAUUAAUGUGAUAGACUUUAUUUCAUAUGCAAUAGGGCUCAUAAUGGUUCCUACCCCAAAAUUAAUUGUAUAGUUAUUGGUAAGCAAUAGUUACCUGCACAGUAUACUUUCACUAUAAGGGCGUGUCCCCACUGUGCUGGUUCCGGAAAUAAGGUUUAUGAAUCUCAUACCAAAACGUUCGUAAAUAUGAUUAAACUUAUUUGUCCCUUUCUGUUAAUUGCUAUUUACGUUGUGAUGGAAAGAGACAAAAUAGUAAGCUGCAUAAAGGGGGCUAAAAGAAGCACAUUUAAAUGUAUCAUAGAUUUCAAUGUUUUCAUUAAUUUGUCCGGUCCGGGCACAGUGUAAAUCUAAAACCUAGAUAAUAAUUUGUUUCUGUAAAUUUUCUUCAUUAACCAAAGAUUUGUUAAAAAGCAUUCCAUUGACUAAAACCCUUCUUUACCACUGGAUUAAAACACGUUUACUCUUAAUUUUACAUUAAAAACACUCCAAAUUCUUCGUAAACAUACCUUAUUCUUAAAAACUAACCCGUCAAUUGCACUUCUUUGAAAGUGAUUUUGUCUCUUUCUGUCAAAUUGCAUUUACGCUGUGUUAGAAAGAGACAGAAGUACACUUUAUAAAUGCAAUGAUACAGAUUUUUUAUACAUAAGACAAUAUUGAAAACGAGUUUUAAUCCCGUAAAACUGUUAAUCUUACUGUUUAAGUUAAAAAGACAUAGUAUUUAGUUAAACCCGGUAAGCCAGUGAUACAAUUUAAUAGUAUUAAUGCGUGUAAAAUAUAUUUAUAUUUCCUAUGUAUAGUAGUUGAUUAAAUUAUUUUUCUAGAAUAAGCAUUGUAUAUAGGGGUCAUGUAGAAAAUUCUAUUUGAUAUAAAGUUUUAAUGUAGAUAACGCGAUUGCUCAUAAUCCUAUUUAUUAUAAACAAUUAAAUAAAUGGUUUAUGUAAUGUUAACGACAUUUCGAUUACAAUAUUAUUAAUUAAAAUGUCAUCGUCACAGAUAAACGUAUUUCAGGCGUAUGACACAAUGACAAAUGACCACUGUCAAAUGUCAAACUUGAUAACCGUAUUAACAGUUGAAAACUUGACUUAUGUUUAACGAUUUAAAUUGAAAUAACUCUAAGAAAUCGAUGUUUAUUGUUUAAUUUAAGACAUUUUGUUUAAAGACCUAUUUCCAAAUUAAAUACUCUGUGAACCUCCAUAGAUUACAAAGCAUUCCAUUUUCAAAAGUUGGCUUUUAUUUGCCUCACCUUUACAUCGAACUUGUUUUUUUAUUUGUAUGUUAUAUGGUUUUGAAGUAAUUAGAGAUAAGGGCUCAAUUAACAUUCUUAUAAUUUGUGUGUAAUUCCAUAUAAAAUACUGUUUUUGGAUUUUUAAGGUGUUUUUGUACACAUUUCUUGUAAUCUGUUCCUGUAAGAUAAUUUGUGAGCAAAUCGCGUCGUAGUACACAUAUCAGGGUCUUUCCCUAAGUGUUAAUAAAUGAAAUCAAAUUAAA